UCCUUGAGUUUAAAAAUGUAGAUAUUUUUUUUACACGGUACAAAUAUUAUUGGCUGUUCGAGAAUAUUUCAUAUUUAAAGAAAAAGAAAAUUGAUAAUCGUCAGUAAAGACAAACAAUGACAACGACAACGAUGACGAUGCCGCCGCCACUGUUGUCGUCGUUCCAUUCGCUCUUUUAGCUAAUCGAUCGUCAUGUUACGUCGUUUUGUGCAAGAAUAAUCUUCGUACGUUACGAAGAAAAUCGAUUUACGUUAUCAUUUUCACGUUGCUAAUAUCUUUGCUGUUAAUAAAUUAUAUGAAAUAAAUUAUUGAGAAAAGAUCGUUUGUAUUUUUGGAAAACAUUUUUUUCCAACUGUAACAACGUGGCAAUAAUUGCGUAAUUAUUUGAUAUUAUUUAACGAAAUUAUUAGAAUUAUUUUAUAUCGAAUCGCAAUGCAACUUAUUAGGGAUAAAGGGAAAAGGGGGAAGGGAGGAGAGGAUAAAAAUCGAACGUACAUUAAAUUUUUAUGUGAAAAUUUAUUUCGAUCGUUUUAUUAAGUUUCGAGAAUUUUUUUUUUUUUUUUUUUUUUUUUUUAUUUUUCAAACGAUACGGUAUUAAUCGUAUCGUCCAAUCAGAUUUUGUCUUUUGAUACAGGUAGUAUUUCAUGAAAAUAAAGCAAAAGGAAUGGGAUAUAUUUCAAAAUUAUUCUGAAAGUGAUUUGAUUAAAAUGUUAUUGCGUAUAUUCCAUUUGAAUCUUGUUUAGAUCAAGAUUAGAAUACACGUACACAUAACACACAUAUUUGUAAUUUAAUAAACAAAUACAUACUAAAGGCAAUAGUAUAUGUGCGUUGCAUUUCAUAAAUUGAACUCUACAUAUAUCGACGAGAAUAUAUAAACAAUAUCUCUCUUUCUGUUAUAUGUUACUGAUUUAGUUAUAUUAAAAUAUAAAAUUGUAUAGCUUAAGAAGAUGAAAUUUAGAUGCAGAAUGAUAGAUCUUACAGCUAUGCGAGAUUUUACUAAUAUUGUCACUAUCAUUUCAAAAAUAUCAAAACAAUGUAUCUUACGAUUAACUACGGACGAAAUUUCUUUCAAUAUCGGUUAUGAUAAUAUACCCGUUCUAUGGGCAGAAUUAUCUCAAAGUCAUUUUUUUACUGAAUAUAUCAUGAGUGGCGUUUCUGAAGAACAAAAUGAAAUUUAUUUAGAAUUUGAAUCGGCAAUGCUCGCUAGGAGUUUAAGUUCUCUUCGUUUACAGUCAAAGAGUGUAAAAAUUAAAUUAACAAACAAACUACAACCUUGUCUCACGUUUGAAAUUGAAUUAUCAUCUUCGAACGUGGAAUCAAGACAAUGUGUUCACGAUGUGCCAGUAAGAGUUGUGCCACGAAAAGAAUGGGCUGCUUAUAAAGUGCCUGAUAUACCAGAAUUUGAUAUAUCCAUAGAUAUGCCACAACUUAAAUAUUUACGUAAUAUCGUAGAAAGAAUGAAAAACAUGAGUUCACAUUUAACAUUAACAGCCGAUAAAACUGGUAUGUUCAUAUUAAGAGUAGAAACCGAUAGUGCGAAUGUGUCGACACACUUUCAAGGAUUACAGGUUUGGUCUAGUGGUCAAACUGAAGACAAUUUUGCAAUAUCUGCUACGAUAGAUGUGAAAAAAUUGUUAACCUUUUUAUCUUGGGACAUUGUUCAUCCCAAUUCCGUAAGAUGUAAUAUAUUGGAAAAUAAAAUAGUGAAUUUAUUUUUAGAUUUAGCAGGAUAUUUGAAAGUUCGCUAUUUUGUUCCUGCGAUUGCGAUAUAAAAAUUAAUUAAUUAAAUUAUAUAAGGUAUGAAAUAAAAAGUAUAUUUGUUUUACUUUUUUUUUUAAAUCAAAUUUUUUUUUUUAGUCCUCUUCAAAAAUAUAUAAGAUAUGA